GGGGUCUCCAAUUUCAGCCCCUGACGUACUCCCUCCAGGGAGGAAACGGAGCUGCAAACCCAGUUCUGCUCGGCUGCCAGGGUAUAGGGCAGUGGGAGAGCCAAUCAACGAAUCGCGCAGCGCUCUCUUUAAGCCUGACAUAUCUCCAACAGGAACAAAUUGUCCCAACAAUCAACAUCCGAAUCUCCCGUGCGCAUCAGGGGUGGAGUGGAUAUUGUCCGGACGCCGGAUUGCAGUGGGUUCUGGAACACAAUAACAAACCAGUGAAGAAUAUUUAGACAGAAAAACAGCAUCCUUCUGGAUACCGGCGUUGGGCUGGGGAGUGAGACCCGACAUCAUGUCAAUACUACCUUCGUUUGGGUUUACCCAGGAGCAAGUCGCCUGCGUCUGCGAGGUCCUGCAACAAGGAGGUAACCUGGAGAGGCUCGGUCGUUUUCUAUGGUCUCUCCCAGCUUGUGACCACCUCCACAAGAAUGAAAGUGUACUGAAAGCAAAGGCGGUGGUCGCCUUCCACCGAGGGAACUUCAGAGAGCUCUAUAAGAUCCUGGAGAGCCACCAGUUUUCCCCACACAACCAUCCCAAGCUGCAGCAGCUGUGGCUGAAAGCGCAUUACGUGGAGGCGGAGAAAUUGCGCGGCCGACCGCUUGGAGCCGUGGGGAAGUACAGGGUACGAAGGAAAUUCCCUCUGCCCCGCACGAUCUGGGACGGCGAGGAGACCAGCUAUUGCUUUAAGGAGAAGUCCAGGGGUGUUCUUAGAGAGUGGUACACGCAUAACCCUUAUCCCUCCCCGCGAGAGAAAAGGGAGCUGGCCGAGGCCACGGGACUGACCACUACGCAGGUCAGCAACUGGUUCAAAAACAGACGCCAGAGAGACAGAGCCGCAGAAGCUAAAGAAAGGUAUGUUUUGACCAAAAAAGUACAAUAAAAUGUUGCCAUAGUAGGAUUAAUAGUAGGAUUGAAUAAACUAAACAUAUUCACAUGCGUCAUUUACGCAAGUGAUUAUGUUUAGUUUAUUUUGUUGAAUAAAUUCCCAACUAAUUGAUUUAAAGUGACAUGCCCUUAUGCAGAUUUUUCGAAGGCCCAACUAAUAUUAAAAUAUAUUUAUACUAAAGGUUUUAUCCAUUUUAAAUGACAAUUUAUCCACUGUAAAUUAAAUUUCAAACAUUUAGUGUGAUACCCCAAAACAAAAACCUAUGGCCUACAUACAUUUGAAAUGGAACCAAUGACAGACUAUUGACUGUAUCCUUAUAAUUUCGAUAGUGUUCUAAAUAUUUAUGGCAUCAGAAUAAGUUAUAGCUACUUAGACAGUGUUACAUGUACAAUUGGAGCUACAGGUCACGGGUUUCAGUGGUCAAGAUAUGGAAUCAGUAUGAUACAAGAUAUUAUUCUAAUGCAAUAAUUAAAAGUAUUGCGUGUGACCAAAAGUUUCAAUUUUGCAAUUGAAAUGUCAAAAUAAUAAAAACGGAUUGAAUAUAUUAUUUAUUGCAUUAUCCUAAAGUUUAAAUCAAUUUUGGAUUGGCUUGUUCUUGGCUUAUUAUUGAAAUGUCUAGCUUGUAUUUGGCCUAUAUCGAUUAUGUAAACCUGGGUCCAAAAUAGUUUAUUCACAACCUAAAAUCACCAACACGAAAUCAUGCAACAAACCAAUGAUGACAGUACUCAACUUUUGUAUAGUUCAAAUAAUUACAAGACAAUACGAGUGUUAGGAAUUGGUUGGGCUAUAUGCUGACUUGUUUCUUUUUGUGUUAAAAGCUUUAUAAUCCUCAAAGUGGUAUGAUAGUAUGCUAUAAACAUUUAUAUUUGUCAAUUUUUUAAAUAUCUUCCCUUCUCAGAGAAAACAGCGAAAACAACAACUCCGGCAACAACAAACAGAACCAGCUGUCUCCCCUCGAUGGCGGCAAGUCGCUCAUGUCCAGCUCGGAAGAUGAGUUCUCUCCACCACAAAGCCCUGAUCAGAACUCUGUGCUUUUGCUCCAGGGAAAUAUGAGUCACCCCGGCGUCUCCUCUUACCAUAUGACGGGCCUCGGUGGCGCACAGCCGGUGCAUGGAAUGCACGGACACCCGCACCAACUCCAAGACUCGUUGCUGGGACCUCUAACAUCGAGCCUUGUGGAUCUAGGCUCCUAAAGACAAACUGAUACUAUCUUUGAAAAGACUGAUAACUACCAGCUUGAGUACAUAUAUGAAAUUACACUAUGGUACCUUAUAACUAGACUGACCUCUGUCUGUCGUUAAAUUUGGUUAGAACUAUAACGCAAUUAUUUUAUGCGCUUAUCCUGACUUAGGAGGUACCCUCCUUCCCGUGAAAAUACAAUCAUACCCCCUUUUAUGAACUCUUAAGUCAACGAGACACUUAAACUGGACUGCCCUUUUGCUUAAUUUAUGAUAUUUUUUCUUCAGAUUAAAUUUAUAGCAACUUCCUGCUAUGGAAACUAAGAAGCGACGUUUUAAUUAAAAUCCUAAUUAGUUUCCAAUAAAACUAAAAGAGACGUCAAUUCUGUUUCAUGUGUAUUAUUUGUAUGUCCACUCAAUAAAAUAAAUAGCAUUAUAUCAUAGCCUAUAUCCAUCCCUCAAAGAUAUGUAGGGCAUGCAGAA